CGGGACUGUCGGUGUGUGUGUGUGUAUGAGAGAGAGAGAGAGAGAGAGAGAGAGAGAGAGAGAGAGACGCCAAUAUGAAUAAGUUUGGUUCGUUCAAUAACUUCGGGAAGCGCGUGAAACCGGCGCUUACUCACGGUGAGCAGGUGUGCAUGAUCGAGUGCGCGCCCCCGUGUCCGUGCGGCACGUCCCCGCCGUGUGUCUGUCCAUCGUCAAGAGGAAGAGACGGACUGGAGGAACUGAAGGAAAAUGGAGGUCCAUGUGAGACCGGAGUCUCCAACACUCAUGCCUUCGAUAAUCUUGCCUAUGUGGCAGGAAGUCUCAGUGAACUUCGACCAAAUCUUGGCCAGAUUUCUCAGCUAACUCUAACUCUAACUAGUGUCCCUUCCUGCCCAGACAGCGCUCAUGCCCUCCAUACACGUCUCUCCGCACUCAGUGGUGUAGCCGAUGUGUUUAUUCCCCACUCCGGUGGCCGAGCGUGGGUAGGCUACCAUCCUUUUACAGUCACGGGCAAAGAGAUCCUACAGGAGAUUCAGGGGAUGGGAUAUGGAGUGACAGAAGUGAAUGAUGCUUCUCAACCUGGAGAGUUAGCUCAGGAAGGGAUCUUGGUAAGGAUCAGAGUGGAAGGGAUGACGUGCCAUUCAUGUGUACGCACCAUCCAGGACCGGAUUGGAGCACUGCAAGGGGUUAAGGGUUUGAACAUAUCCCUAAGAGACAAGGAAGCUGUUAUAUGGUAUAACCCCAAACAAGUGAAGCCAGAAGAUCUACAAGAACACAUACAGGACAUGGGCUUUGAUGCCUUUCUUAGUGAGACGGACUCGAGAUAUAUUUGUCUGAAUACAGUACAGUCUGAAUGGGUUGAGGUCAGGUUUGGUGUGGAAGGGAUGCACUGUGGGUCAUGUGUUAAAAACAUUACAGAGAGCUUAUCUGGAAUGCUGGGUGUCCAGGGUGUGUCGUGUUCUCUGGAAAGCAGAAGUGUGGAUUUUAAAUACGAUCCGUCUCUGGUUACCUUGGUCACAAUCAAAGCAGUCAUAGAGGAACUUCCUUUUAGGAAUUUUAAAGUAACUCCAGAAUUCCAGGAACAGAUUUCUAAUGGGUUUGUGCGCUCUCAAAUGUCUGGGUUUCAUUCAUUGGACAGCACUUCAUUCCAGAAAGUGAUGAUUACAAUAAAAGGCAUGACAUGUAACUCUUGUGUGCAGUCCAUAGAGGAAGUGAUAUCUCAGAGAACUGGUGUGCAAGCUGUUACAGUUUAUUUAAAGGAAGAGAGGGGAAUAAUUACAUUUGACCAAAGAGUGAUCCGUCCUGUUGAACUCAUGGAUGCCAUUGAGGACAUGGGCUUUGAGGCAUCCCUUGAACAAGAUUCUACCCUUAAUGACGUCUCACGCUCUAGACCGUCUUCGCAAAAAAGCACAUCCUCACACCUCAAGAGCAAAACUCCACCAAGACCUAUGCCCAAGACCCCCAGUUCAACAAGAAAUGAUGUUCCUGAAGAGGAAAGAACACAGAAAUGUUUUGUCCGGGUCACAGGGAUGACCUGCGCUUCAUGUGUGGCUAACAUUGAGAGAAAGCUGCACAAGCAUACAGGUAUUAAAUCUGUCCUCGUAGCCCUGAUGUCAGGUAAAGCUGAAAUCAGGUAUGACCCGGACUCUGUGGAUUCAGCACAGAUAGUUAAUCUCAUCGCUGGACUGGGAUUUGGAGCAUCGCUAAUGGACGAGGGUGCAGUCAGCAACGGCCUUCUGGACCUUUCUGUGACUGGCAUGACAUGUGCUUCCUGUGUCCACAACAUCGAAACCAAACUCCAAAGCACAAACGGCAUUCUGGAGGCCACUGUUGCCUUGGCAACCAGCAAGGCUCGCGUUAAGUUCGAUCCCGAUGUGGUCGGGGCACGUGACAUCAUCCGAGUGAUCGAGGGUCUUGGGUUUGGCGUCUCCUUGAUAAAAAACAAUGCCUUAAGAAAAAACGAUGGCUUGGAUCACCAGAAAGAGAUACGACUCUGGCGCCAGUCUUUCCUGUUCAAUCUGCUCUUCGGGAUCCCUGCCAUGGGUCUGAUGAUCUACAUGAUGGUGAUGGACAAACAGCAUGAAGAACAUGGAGGAUCCGUGCCAGAAAUGCAGAACUUGCUGCCCGGACUUUCGCUCCUCAACCUGAUCUUUUUCCUGCUCUGUACCCCAGUUCAGAUCUUCGGAGGUCGAUACUUCUAUAUCCAAGCCUAUCGUUCUCUGAGACACGGUGUGGCCAACAUGGACGUGCUCAUCGUUCUGGCCACCACUAUUGCUUAUGUUUACUCCUGCGUGGUACUGGGUGUAGCCAUGAGCGAAGCAACCAUGCAAAGUCCGGUCACUUUUUUUGACACGCCUCCCAUGCUGUUUGUGUUCAUUGCCCUUGGACGCUGGCUUGAGCACAUCGCCAAGAGUAAGACGUCGAUGGCUCUGGCUAAGCUCAUGUCUCUGCAGGCAACAGAUGCGACGAUAGUGACACUGGGCCAUGACAACUCCAUCAUCAGCGAGGAGCAGAUCUCAGUGGAGCUGGUGCAGAGAGGAGACGUGGUUAAAGUGGCACCUGGUGGAAAGUUCCCCGUCGAUGGGAAAGUGAUCGAGGGAAACUCCAUGGCUGACGAGUCUCUGAUCACAGGAGAGCCCAUGCCAGUCAGGAAGAAACCUGGCAGCUGUGUGAUCGCUGGCUCGAUUAACGCUCACGGAGCUCUGCUAGUCGAGGCCACACAUGUAGGAGCAGAUACAACCCUCAGCCAGAUCGUUCGUUUGGUGGAGGAGGCACAGACUUCCAAGGCACCAAUCCAGCAAUUUGCAGACAAGCUGAGCGGAUACUUUGUCCCUUUCAUCGUCCUUGUCUCCGUGGCAACGCUGGCAGCGUGGCUCAUUAUUGGGGUUAUUGACUUUGACAUCGUGGCGAAGUAUUUUCCCGACUACGAUAAGAAGAUUUCCCGGAUGGAGAUGGUGGUGCGUUUUGCCUUCCAGGCCUCCAUCACUGUUUUGUCUAUCGCCUGCCCCUGUUCUCUUGGUCUUGCGACCCCCACGGCAGUGAUGGUGGGCACCGGGGUCGGAGCGCAGAACGGCAUACUCAUCAAGGGAGGAGAGCCGUUAGAGAUGGCCCACAAGAUCAGAGUGGUGAUGUUUGACAAAACGGGCACCAUCACCAACGGGGUGCCUCGUGUCACUCGGGUGCUAGUUCUGUGGGAUCAGGCGCGUUUGCCUCUCCGGAAAGUUCUAGCCAUAGUGGGCACUGCAGAAGCCAGCAGCGAACACCCACUGGGCAUGGCGGUGGCCAAACACUGCAAAGAGGAGCUCAGCAUGGAGAUACUGGGCUUCUGCCAUGACUUCCAGGCUGUACCAGGGUGCGGGAUCGGUUGUAGAGUUUCCAACAUCGAGGCGCUCCUGGAAACCAGCACAGAGACAGACAGCACACUAACAAACACACACGAUUCGACUUGUCUCACCCUCCAGGGAGCCACGACGGAUGAGAGUAGCUUAGUCACAGAUGGAGACGUGGUUUCGGGAUCUUCCUCGUAUUCCGUCCUGAUUGGAAACAGGCAGUGGAUGCAGAGGAAUGGAUUACAGGUCACAGCAGACGUGGACGAAGCCAUGAGCAGCCAUGAGACGAAAGGACAAACAGCCAUUUUAGUGGCUAUAGAUGGUGUGCUGUGUGCCAUGCUGGCCAUAGCGGACACGGUGAAAGAGGAGUCGGCUCUGGCGGUACACACACUGAGCCGCAUGGGGAUUGAUGUUCUGAUGAUCACUGGAGACAACCAUCGCACUGCUACAGCCAUCGCCACACAGGUUGGCAUCAGGAAAGUGUUUGCUGAGGUCUUGCCCUCUCACAAAGUGGCUAAAGUUCAGGAGCUGCAGGAAAAAGGGCUGAAGGUGGCCAUGGUGGGUGACGGGGUAAACGACUCGCCCGCUCUCGCUCGUGCUGAUCUGGGCAUCGCCAUUGGCACCGGCACUGACGUGGCCAUCGAGGCCGCAGACAUAGUCCUCAUCCGGAAUGACCUGCUGGAUGUUGUGGCCAGCAUCGAGCUGUCCAAAAAGACAGUGAGAAGAAUCCGAAUCAACUUUGUGUUUGCUCUCAUUUACAACCUGCUCGGGAUCCCGAUCGCAGCCGGUGUGUUUAUGCCUGUGGGUUUGGUGCUCCAGCCGUGGAUGGGUUCAGCUGCCAUGGCUGCCUCCUCCGUGUCUGUGGUGCUCUCCUCUCUAAUGCUGCGCUGCUAUAAGAAGACGUCAGUGGAUCAGUACGAAUCGAGAGCUCACGGGCGCAUGUGCAGUCUGAGGUCGUCUCAGGUCAGCACUCAUGUGGGGCUGGAGGAGGGGCGGUGCAGCCCUCGAACCCUUCACCGCAGCCGCUCCAGACUCUCUCGAUCAUCGUCUCAGACCUCCAGAUCCGAUCGAGCUCACGCCGAGACCGAUCGCCACUCUCUCCUCGAGCACGAUCAGUGCAGCCAGGAAUUCAUGGCGUAGAAGGUCACAAACUGCCAUUAUAGAGACUUAGAUACAGAUAUUUAUUGUAAAGCAGAAACAGAUCUUGGAUCAGCGCAACAUACAGCGUGAAUAUGAACACUGGGUUUUUUAUUCAGUAAAAUAUUCACAUCAGAGAAAGGAUGGGAUUAAACCCCACAUACCUGGGUUUCCUGCAGGCGGGAAACGUCUCCGGGUCUUUAAAGAGCUUCACUGUGAGAAACUAAACAUAUUGAGCUAACUAGAAGCUACCAAAAAAAAAAAACACACAAGCAGAAUUUUGUGUUACUUUUGCCCUGGUCCAUUACUCUCUCAGCUGCUAAUUAUUAAAGGUGUGUGUGUGUGUGUGUGUGUGUGUGUGUGUGUGUGUGUGUGUGUGUGUGUGUGUGUGUAUGGGCAAGUAUCAAAUUUACAUAACUCAGAGGAAUUUGUUGUGCUCUCUAGAUGGGAAGAAGACAGUUCUUUCUAAGUAUGUUGCAAGCCUUCGCUGUACUGUACUGUACCAUACUACACUAUACUAACAUAUCGUCGCUGUCGGGCGGAAACCUCGUAUGUCCAAAUUUGGUCAAUUUCAUAUUUUUUUUAAAUAUCGAUGCUAUUGGUCAGUCCCCAUGUGGGUCUGUUAUUUUUACAAGUUGAAAAUCGCUUGAGCGCAAAUCUCAUAACUCCAUUGGACACUUCAACUGUCCACCUCUUCCUCACUCCGCGGGAGAGCUUCACGGCAUAUUUCUCCUCAAGAAGAGUCGCAACGAAUCAACACGUCUUCUGAGGUAAAUGUCUUCAAAACACUGGGCUCAAAGAAAAAAAAUCUUGACCCCCGCUAGUUCUGGUGCUCGUCUGAGGACAGGAAUUUAGCGCAAGACAAUCCACUGCAACGCGGACUAAACCCUGUGCACUGCAGAUAAGGUACGGUGUUUUUUUAAUUUCCUGAAAAAUAACGGUUUUGGAGAUACGAGGAUUCCGCCUGACAGCGACGAUAUACUAUCCAAUGCUACACAGACUUCACUGUAUUUCACACUAUUACUGUACUCUAGUAAAGUAUAUUGUACACAGGCACUGGAUCUGUGGGCAAACAGAAACUAGGAAAGAGAGAAAAGAAUUAAUAUCACACACCAGAGAAAACAGGACAGACGCAAAAGGAAUCAUCAAGGCUUUUAUUAAAAAAAAAAAGAACUAUAUGUUUAGUUAAACCUUUAGAGAUGCCAGGACAAUGAAUCGUUUCCUGUGUGUUUUUAGUGUUUAAAGUGCAAGAAGCUUUUUUUUUUUUUUUUUUUUUUUUUUAAAUAGUAUUUAUUAUACAGCUUGUGUAUCACACAAUAAGGACGUUCUGACUGACCAACCCUCCCAUCCCACUUCCCUGCGACUCGGCUCUCAGCCCCAAACACACAGACAGAGAUUUCAGACCAAUAAAGAUGUUUAUCCUGCUCAGCUCUGGAGGAAGCAGCUAAAGGUGCCACCUAGUCCUCUGAAAAUGUCAUUAAUCGUGCUCAGGGAGGUGAAACACGCUGACGUGAAAAUAAGCAAACACCAAAUUGAGUAAAAAUCGUAGCAUCAAAGUCACGAUGCUAUCUAAUACAGUAUAUAAAAAAACCAAAACAAUAAAGUCUCAGUCAAUAAAGCAUUAAUUACACAUUCAGGGGCAAAAGAAAUUUGAUGAUGCAAGAAAUACACUGUAAAAAGGCCAAGGAAUUUAGUUUAAAGCAGCAAGACAUUUAAUGUGUUUAGUUUUAUGAACGUUUCUUUAUUAUAAGUGGAAAAAAAAGAAAAUAAUACAUAGCGAAUGUCCUUCUUAAAAUCUGAUUAUUAUUAUUAUUAUUAUUGUUAUUAUUAUUAUUACUAGUAGUAGUAGUAGUAGUAGUAUUAACUUUCUUACAUUUAUAAUGCAACUUAUGUUUUCUAAUAGCGAUGGUGAGAAUGUGUGUAAAAAAAAAAAAGGUAGACAUUCAGGGAUAUAUUAAGAGAUUUGAGAAAAAGCAAUAAAAUUUGCAAUAAAGUGCAAUAAAAUGGUAUCGGUCAUUUCCUUGUAUGUGGUUGUCCUGAAAUCUUCUAAUAAAAUCAGAUUUUUUUUUUCCU